UUAUUGUUUUAUUGGGCUUAAGAUAAUAAUGAUUAGUAUUCUACUUAAUUGUCGGUACAUACGUAAAGCGAUUGUAUCACCUUGAGGUUUUUUAUCUGAGUAUAUAUUCCGUAAUUGUUGCACCUAGAGUAUGUUUUUCGGUUUGGCACUAACGUUAGCUUUCUACGCGGGCGGUGGUGAAGGGGCAAGCUUGGCUUGUGAAACCCGAAAUCAGGAAAACAAUGCUUUGUUCUGGGAAUCACAGGCUCUUGCUACAGUGAUGGAACGUGUGAAGAAUAAACAAAACACAAAUACUGCGAAAAAUGUAAUCCUGUUCCUUGGAGACGGUAUGUCAAUUCCUACACUAACUGCAUCCAGAAUUCAUCUGGGGCAAAUAUCCGGACAUAGCGGAGAAGAGGCCCAGCUGUCCUUUGAAAAGUUCCCCUUCACCGGUCUGGCUAAGACUUACUGCGUGGAUGGACAGGUAGCCGACUCAGCCUGUACGGCCACAGCAUUCCUAUGCGGUAUUAAAGCGAAUGUGGCCACAAUCGGAGUGACAGCUGACGUGAACCACAGAGAUUGCGAAGCGGGUAGAAACGCAACGAAUCACGUCAAGUCAAUCGUCCAUCUAUCACAGAUGGCUGGCAAACGCACAGGAAUAGUUACCACAACUACGGUAACACACGCGACUCCUGCCGGUGCAUACGCGCACACUCCCAGCAGAGACUGGCAGUCGGACGCUAACGUGGUUGAUGAUGGAGAAAAUCCAGAGCACUGCGUUGACAUCGCAAGCCAGCUAAUACACGGAGACACCGGCAAGAAUCUGAACGUGAUCUUCGGAGGAGGCAGGAAGAACUUCAUCCCGAACAAUAUUAGGGAUGACGAGGGAAUGUUUGGCUCACGUCUUGAUGGGCGCGACUUGAUCAGCGAGUGGAAAGCAGCGGGUGCUGGACGCGAGUAUGUUUAUAACGUUAGCGGAUUGAAGGCGAUCAGGGACGACACCCAUUUCGCGCUCGGGCUUUUUCAUUCCGAUCACAUGGACUUCAACUUUGACAGGAACCCCACGCAGCAGCCGUCACUGGCGGAAAUGACACGCAGGGCAAUCGACAUUUUGUCCAGGUCCGAAAGCGGCUUCUUUCUGUUUGUGGAAGGUGGACGCAUCGAUCACGCUCACCAUCUGAAUUUAGCCAGGAAGGCUUUGGAUGAGACCCUUGAGUUUCAUAAGGCGGUUGAGAUCGCGGAUGAAAUGACCGAUGAGCGCGAGACUCUUAUCGUGGUUACGUCAGAUCACGCCCAUACAAUGAGCUUUGGUGGGUAUCCGGAAAGAGGGAGUGACAUUUUGGGAAUAGCGGGAUACGGAAGCGAUAACCUGCCGUACACCACCUUAACUUAUGCGAGUGGAGCCGGCAAAAAAACGGAUCCGCAUGGAAAUCGUAUUGACAUCACACGGCACAAUUUCAGUGACCCUAAUUAUGAAUACCCCAGCUACAUUCCCUUAAGUGCGGAAACUCAUGGUGGAGACGAUGUUGCGAUCUUUGCAAGGGGACCAUGGGCUCACCUCCUGUCGGGGGUUAUCGAGCAAAAUGUUAUUCCUCACGUUAUAAAGUUUGCGUCUUGUGUUGGAGAAGAUAACGACACGUGCGCGGUUGCAUUUGGAGGUGUAACCCACCUUGGUGCCCCACUGUCUCUAAUUUUUCUCUUAGUCGUUCCCCUCCUUUACACAGGUUGCCAAAUGUUUUGGUAAACUUACUUAGCUUUAAGUAUUGUAAUUUGGGAUAGAGGGGCAUCCUCGGACUUCCAUCUGUUUGUGGUUUCCCUGGAUCAAUAUAAUGCACAAUGCUAAUAUAAUGUUACUAUGGACAAAUAAAACGCUAUUCGAUAA